UUAUUGCUGGAUCCUGCGGAUGGACUGAAUCUGGAAAGUCUGCGCAUGGGAGCCCCACUCUCUCCAGUGUUUGUACUCUCCACCAUGACGAUCACAUUCCAUGAUGAACUGGUAGCCGCGGUAACCUGGAUAUUGGUAGCAUACCCAUCUGUAGAGAUACUCACGCUCCACUUUCCACCUUCAUAGACCGCACCGUUUCGAAUCCAAACUCCAUCACGUUGUGACAUUCCGCUGUGAAUUCAUGUCGGCGGCCCUGGAAGGACUCCUCAUCCCAAACAAUGAUCUGCAGGAGAGCAGAAUGUCUCAGACUACAAAGAGCGCCACCCAGGAAAAAGGGGCUGCACCCGCUGGUACUGCUCCUGCCCCAGGCUCCAAGGGCUCGAAGACCAGAGAACCUGGAACGGGCAACUUCAAGAUCUACGUCUAUGAGCAGGAGAAUUUUCAGGGCAGGUUCAUGGAAUUUUCCACCGAGUGCAUGAACCUGUGCGAUCACAACUUCGAUAGAGUGGGCAGCGUCCGUGUGGAGUGUGGACCCUGGGUUGCAUUUGAGCAAUCUAAUUUCCGUGGAGAGAUGUUCGUCCUGGAGAAAGGGGAGUAUCCACGCUGGGAUUCCUGGUCCAACAGCUACAGGAGUGAUCGCUUCAUGUCUUUCCGACCAGUCUGCAUGGACGACCAGGAGCACAAAAUCUGCCUGUUUGAACUUGCGGAAUUCCAAGGAAAUAAGAUGGAGAUCACUGAGGAUGAUGUCCCUAGCCUGUGGGCGUAUGGAUUCUGUGACCGUGUGGGCAGUGUGAGGGUUCCCAGUGGCACCUGGGUUGGUUAUCAAUACCCUGGAUACAGAGGAUACCAGUACUUGUUUGAGGUAGGAGAUUACAGGCACUGGAAUGAUUGGUGUGCCCAGCAGCCCCAGAUGCAGUCCAUUCGCCGCCUCAGAGAUGUACAGUGGCAUCAGAAAGGCUCCUUCCAGCUCUCCACCCCCAAGUGAAGAAACCCUCAGAGUUCCGGCAAGCUGAUGUCAUUCAUUUAACUUGAUGGGAUCAUUUAUCUGGAAGGCUCCAAGUAUUGUUUUUAACUCACUCUGGUCAGAUAAUUUCUCUGCACCUUGCAAUAUAAAGCAGAUUUUUCAGAAACCAAAAGAUACUUUAUGAUGAAAAUAAAGAAAUUGGAUGAAAGUCA